GUUUGCAAGGCGACGAAGGACGACUGGAGAGACUAUCUGGACAGCGAAAACCAAGCGCUGAAAUCGAAGCGCUGUGAGUGGAUCGAAGGCACCAUCUACAUCGUGGAGCCGUCGAGUCAAGAGCGCGAAUGCUUCAGUCGAGAAGUCGAGCACGCUUUGUUGGCCCAACGUGGCUUCGACGCGUACAUGACGGCCUGGGGCUCAGCCGUUAUCCCGGGCCUGCCCGACCUACCCGACUAUGAGCCUGACGAUGGCUAUGGUCCAGCAAAUUUCAUGGGAGCUCCGUUUCCCCCUGGUGUUCAAGACUAUCUGUCCUGGUACACGCUCAUCAUCGAGGUUGGGAAGUGGCGCAGCUGGGGAUAUGGCGCAGGAAUGCUCGACUGGAAGGCUGCGGAGUGGGCACAGUUUCCAGGCGUGCGGUACAUCCUGUGCGUGAAAGUCACCGAUCGUUUGGCGACUGCCGACUACAAACUGUACAGGGUAGAGCGGGGCGGCAACGACGAAGCUCUUCCGUUGCCCGAGCUCGAUCCCGUGCCGGUGGUUGGACCUCAGACAAUGGUGACGUUCGAUUCGCGCGAGCUGCUGGGUCUGCCUCCGGGGGAAAACAUUCCAAGUAACCCAUACUCAUGUGAUCGAUUCCCGGACCCAAGCUUCAGUUUGGACCUUUAUGAGGUUCUCGAAACUGCAUGGCAAGAGCCCGAUGAUUCGUUGUUCGGUGCGGUGACCGUUCAUUCUUCUUUUUCUCGCAGCUGA